GACAGAAGAAUAAGUCUGUUUGCUUCACCACAGGAGGAUACCUGUAUACAGAUUGAUUACAAAAAGAAUUACAAUGGAAUUCCCCCUGUGUGUUCCUAUGUACAUUGCAAUACUUAUACUUGGCUGUGAAGGGGGUCCAUAUUUCAACAAGGAUAAAACACUCUCAAAUGGUUAUGACGUGAGCUGGAUGAAAAACAUAGAUGAUGAAACACUGCUCUCAGCACUCACCAUUCCAGGCACCUAUCAAAGCAUGAAAAUGAAUAUCUAUGAUAAACAUCAAGUAUGGAAGUUUCCAGUUCAGUUCAAAGCAGGGGUGCGAUUCUUUGAUAUUAGCCUGACAGAUUCUGUUGUCAAAGAUGGUUCUACUAAAGACAGAGAAUUUUCAGAGGUCAUGAAAAAGAUGGAAGAAUGUGUAACUUCGCAAAAUCAAGAAGUAAUUCUGAUAAGAGUGAACCCAACAAAUGAUAAGGCUGCGGAGGUAUUAAAAACAUACAUACGUGACAGUGACAAAGUGUAUACAGGCACAGCAGUACCAAAAUUGAAAGAGGUUAGGGGUAAGAUAGUGUUUUUGGCGAGCGAUUUCAAUGGAGGGCUUGUGGCACACACUCUCAAGGGUGGGCAGAGGUUGAAAUCUAUAAACAAAAACAUGGAGAAGAUCAAAGAAAAUCUAGAGAAAGCAGAAAAUGCAAAUGGAUUUAUUGUAGUGACUGAAACAAGUGCAUUGAAAAUGAAUUCAAAUCAAAACGCAGCUAAAGAAAUAAACCCAAUGCUGCAUAAAGUCAUAAAUGACAUGCAUCUCAAAGAAUCUAAAAGACAUAUGGGGGUGAUUGUCAUGGACUUUCCAGGCUUAGAUCUCAUCCAGAAAAUCAUAGAUAUCAACCCUAAAUCAGUUUCACCUACAUCCUCUGCAGAAGUAGGAGAGGGUGAGAACCCUGAGAACCCACCUGAAGGUGAAGAGGAAGAUGAAUAA